UUACCAUCCCUAAAGGCAUCACAGGGUGGCUAGUGUCUUAGUAUCAGUAAAGAUGUCCAGCAAAAACAGGAAAGAACUGUGUCGCGUUUGCUUUAAGAAAACAUAUCGUGCUAUAAAUAUAUUCGACAAGCGACCCGAUGUUCUGGAUGUAAUUUCACAAUACUCUGGCCAUGAAGUUAAUAGAGGAGAUUCAUUACCUGAAUUUGUAUGCCGAUUUUGCCUGGCGGAUGCGAUUGCCUUUCAAGCAAAUCAGCAGACCCUCGAGGAAAGUAACCCUACGGAGGCGGAAGUCUAUGAAAUUGCCGAGUUCCCAGACAAUGGCGAGGUCCCGGAGCAGAACUCAUUACCAGAAGAAUAUUUUGAAAUUUUUGAAUACACAGACGAGAAUGAAGAAGUAGUGGAAUGCAUAAUGCAGGAUUCCCAGGUGGAAGAGUCGACUGCAAACGAAGGAGAGGAGGCGUAUAUAGACAUUACCCAGCCCCGUCUCAAAGGAAGGAAAGACUUUCCAAGUGAUAAUGAAGCAUUCCAGGAGUCGUCUAGUAAUAUUGGUUCCUUAAACUGCCAAGUAAUCAACGAGCCAAUCGAAGAUAACUUACUUGAGGAUGAAGUCGGCACAGAACCAAAUGAGCAAUCACAAACCAAGAUGCACAAAGAUCAACCGCUCGGUAUUGAUCAUAUCCCGGAGCCCUUAUCGGAUGGACGCACCCAAGAGAAGGAUGGGCUCAUCAAUUGUCCUGAUUGCCCAAAGACCUUCAAAACACAGUUAUGUUUUCUGAAACACUCCGCCAUUCAUGCGCGCUCUUACACGCCACCGGCUUACUUCAGGUGUUCCUUCUGCAUGAAGUUCUUUCAGCAGCAGUCCGAACUGGAUCUACACAUGCUGGACCACUCUGGAGGGAGGUUUGAUUGCAAUUUUUGCUCCAAAUCGUUUACCGUGGAGAACGAUUUUAAACAUCAUAGGCAACUUUACCACUUUUUGGACGCAAAGAAUGAUGAGCCUUACCAGUGUCCCGAUUGCCCGAAGAGCUACAAGAGAUGGGGGCCUUUUCAGAAUCACAGGAAAGUUCACGGUAUGGCACAGGAAGUACUUCAGGUGGCGUCCAGUAAUAUUGAUUCACCCAACGUGCAAGUUGUCAACGAGCCAAUCGAAGAUGACUUAAUCGUGGAUCAAGUCGGCACAGUAACAAAUGAGCAAUCACAAACUCCUAAGGAGUUGCCUGCCACCUACAAGAGACGGGGCCCGUUUCAAAAUCACAGAAGAGUUCACGGCGUAGCACAGGAAGUUCUAAAGGUGGCGUCCAGUAAUAUUGAUUCAUCCAACUGCCAAGUUGUCAACGAGCCGAUCGAAGAUGACUUAACCGUGGAUCAAGUCGGCACAGUACCAAAUGAGCAAAUACAAACUCCUAAGAAGUUGCCAGCCAAAUACAAGAGAAAUGGCUCUUUUCAGAAUCACAGGAGAAUUCGCGGCGUAGCACAGGAAGUACUUCAGGUGGCGUCCAGUAAUAUUGAUUCACUCAACUGCCAAGUUGUCAGCGAGCCAAUCGAAGAUGACUUAAUCGUGGAUCAAGUUGGGACAGAACCAAAUGAGCCAUCCCAAACUUCUCAGGAGUUGCCCGCCACGACGUUCGAGGGCGAUAAGCCAUUCCGGUGUAACAUGUGCCCGAAGUCCUUUUAUAAAUGGAUCUAUCUUAAGAGACACAUGACCGUUCACAAUAACCCUCUGCAACCAGUUUACUUCAGAUGUUCCGUCUGCCUGGACACCUUUAAGAAGAAGGCCGAUAUGGACCUGCACAUGGAAGGUCAUACAGGACAGCUGUAUGAAUGUUCUGUUUGCACAGAGACUUUCACCUUUGAAAACGAUCUGAAGCGACACAACCGCAGGCAGCACCAUUUGAAUCCAUACCAGUGUCCCCUCUGCCCACUAUCUUAUACGGGUAAAACUUAUCUUGAAUCUCACCUCGUUUCCCACGGUGUCAGUGUUAAAAAUAAAAUGACAUAAUCCGAAGUUAGCUAAUAAUUAUAACUAAA